UCGUAGUCGGCGUUCCAAUUCAUCCCAAAUGUGUUCGAUGGGGUUGAGGUCAUGGCUCUGUGCAGGACAGUCAAGUUCUUCCACACCGAUCUUGACAAACCAUUUCUGUAUGGACUUCGCUUUGUGCACUGGGACAUUGUCAUGCUGAAACAGGAAAGGGCCUUCCCCAAACUGUUGCCACAAAGUUGCCAGCACAGAAUCAUCUAGAAUGUCAUUGUAUGCUGUAGCGUUACGAUUUCCCUUCACUGGAACUAAGGGGCCUGGCACAAACCAUGGAAAAACAGCCCCAGACCAUUAUUCCUCCUCCACCAAACUUUACAGUUGGCACUAUACAUUGGGGCAGGUAGCGUUCUCCUGGCAUCCACCAAACCCAGACGUGUCAGUCGGACUACCAGAUGGUGAAGCGUGAUUCAUCACUCCAGAAAGCGCGCUUCAGCACUCGGCUGCCCCAUUCUGUGACUUUGUGUGGCCUACCACUUCAUGCUUGAGCCGUUGUUUCUCCAAGAUGUUUCCACUUCAAAAUAACAGCACUUACAGUUGAUCAGGGAAUCUCUAGCAGGGCAGAAAUGUGAUGAACUGACUUUGUGGAAAGGUGGCAUCCUAUGACGGUGCCACGUUGAAAGUAACUGAUCUUUUCAGUAAGGUCAUUCUACUGACUAUGGAGAUUAUAUGGCUGUGUGCUCGAUUUUAUACACCUGUCAGCAACGGAUGUGGCUGAAAUAACCAAAUCCACAAAUUUGAAGGGGUGUCGACAUACUUUAGUAUUUAUGCAUAUAUGUAUAUAUAUAUAUAUUUUUUUUAAGUAACCUUUAUUUAACUAAGCAAGUCAGUUUAAGAACAAAUUAUUUAUUACAAUGAUGGCCUACCAGGGAACAGUGGGUUAACUGCCUUGUUCAGGGGCAGAACAACAGAUGUUUACCUUGUCAGCUCCGGUUACUGGUCCAACUCUCUAACCACUAGGUUACCUGCCGCUCCAAAAGUGUAAUAUAGUGUAAUAUGCACAUACAUUUAUACUACCUAGAAACAGACGCACAUGUCAUGGCAACGUUGGUUUACUCAGCGCAUGCGCAGAAACACAUUAUCGGGUAUAACGGUCGUCUCACGCCGAACUGCGCAUGUGCAGGCCGUCAAACCAAAGACACUCCUUCGAUAUAAAGUAUUUUUUAAAGUAAAAUAAUAACCUGUCAGUUUGUCACUUUCACGAAGUUGGAGUAAUAACAUGUUCAAAUACUUAAUACAUUGGCUCGAAUCUAGGUUUUGCCUUUAGAUUUCGAGAAAAUGUACAACUAAGGAAUCAUUUUUCACUUAUGACUUCUCAAACCCCAAAUCACGGCUUUGGUCUACUUCCUACAGUCUGCUUCCCCAGCGGUCCCGGUAGACUCGGGAUGUUGCGUCUCUGGGUUUAGGAAUUCUGGUUAUGUAAUUUCCCCAUGAAAUUGAAAGUAAGUUUGUAGACGAAUGCACUUACAAAAUGGAUGUUGAAACUAUGGCGCACAUUUCUCGGCAACAUUAGAAGUCGGGUAAAAGUAUUGAUUUGUAGGAAAGACGAGCAGACUCUGGGGUCAGUUCUGAAAAAAUGAGUCUCUCUGGGGAGAGAGAGGAGGGGGGCCCUGCCCCUAAAAGGCGUCUCUCUGGGGAGAGAGAGGAGGGGGGCCCUGCCCCUAAAAGGCGUCUCUCUGGGGAGAGAGAGGAGGGGGGCCCUGCCCCUAAAAGGCGUCUCUCUGGGGAGAGAGAGGAGGGGGGCCCUGCCUCUAAAAGGUGUCUCUCUGGGGAGAGAGAGGAGGGGGGCCCUGCCCCUAAAAGGCGUCUCUCUGGGGAGAGAGAGGAGGGGGACCCUGCCCCUAAAAGGCGUCUCUCUGGGGAGAGAGAGGAGGGGGGCCCUGCCUCUAAAAUGAGUCUCUCUGGGGAGAGAGAGGAGGGGGGCCCUGCCUCUAAAAUGAGUCUCUCUGGGGAACAUGACACCAAAUCUAUGAGUCCAAUCAAGCAGGAGAGACCAGCCUCCCCUGUACCCAGCUGUGUGUCCAUGAAGAGUGACAAGUCUAUGAAUCCUCCUCCAGAGUUUAGAGAGGGGGACUUUCCUACUGAACAAAGCCCAAUCAAGCAGGAGAGACCAGCCUCCCCUGUACCCAGCUGUGUGUCCAUGAAGAGUGACCGGUCAAUGGAGCGACCUAUAAUGUUUAGAGAGGGAGACUUUUCUACUGAACAAAGAAACCAACAGGAGAGAUCAGAGUCAGAGAUUCUCAGUGGUCAGUCUUCCCAGAGUCAUCAAACAGACCUGGCCUCCAUAUUCAGUUUGCUUGAAGAGAAAAUUAUGACAUUUGUGAAGAACGAGCUGAAGAUGUUCAAGAGGAUUCUUAGUCCAGAACUCCCAGAAGGCUUUGAGAGUCAGAAGCAGGAUAAGGAAGUGGUGGAUGCUGAAGAUGAGAAGCAGGAGAGCAGUGCCAGAGAGGGGGCUCUGAAGAUCACACUGCACGUCCUGAGGAAAAUGAAGCAGAAGGAGCUUGCUGACACACUGGAGAAAUAUUCAGAUGAGCUUGCUGUGAUUUGCCAACGUGAACUCAAAUCUAAUCUAAAGAAGAAGUUUCAAUGUGUAUUUGAGGGGAUCGCUAAACAAGGAAACCCAACACUUCUCAAUAAGAUCUACACAGAGCUCUACAUCACAGAGGGUGGAACAGGAGAGGUCAAUAAUGAACAUGAGCUGAGACAGAUUGAGACAACAACCAGGAAACAAGCAAGACCAGAGACUGCAAUCAAAUGUAACGACAUCUUCAAACCCUUAACUGGACAAGACAAACGUAUCAGAACUGUGCUGACAAAGGGAGUCGCUGGCAUUGGAAAAACAGUCUCUGUGCAGAAGUUCAUUCUGGAUUGGGCUGAAGGAAAAGCAAAUCAGGAUGUCCAAUUUGUAAUUUCAUUCCCUUUCCGGGAGCUGAAUUUGAUGAAAGAGGACAAACACACUUUCAUUGAACUUCUCAAUCACUUCUCAAUGGAAACCAAACAAUCAAGAAUCUCCAACUACAACAAGUACAAAGUUCUGUUCAUCUUUGAUGGUCUGGAUGAGUGCCGACUGCCCCUAGACUUCCAGAAGAACAAGAUCUGUUGGGACAUCACAAAGUCAACCUCAGUGGAUGUUCUGCUGACAAAUCUCAUCAAGGGAAAUCUGCUUCCCUCUGCUCUCAUCUGGAUAACUACCCGACCUGCAGCAGCCAAUAAGAUCCCUUCAGAGUGUGUUGACCAGGUGACAGAGGUACGAGGGUUCAAUGACCCACAGAAGGAGGAGUACUUCAGGAAGAGAUUCAGUGAUGAGGACCUGGCCAGCAGAAUCAUCUCACACAUAAAGACAUCAAGGAGCCUCCACAUCAUGUGCCACAUUCCAGUCUUCUGUUGGAUUUCUGCAAUAGUCCUUGAACACAUGCUGGAACAUAAGAGAGAAGAGAUGCCCAAGACUCUGACUGAGAUGUACACACACCUUGUGGUGUUUCAUACCAAACAGAAGAAUGAAAAGUAUCUUGGGAAAGAAGAGACAGGUCCACACUGGAAUAAAGAGAGCAUUCUGUCACUGGGAAAACUGGCUUUUCAACAGCUUGUGAAUGGCAAUCUGAUUUUCUAUGAAGAAGACCUGAAAGAGGCUGGCAUUGAUGUAAAUGAAGCCUCGGUGUACUCAGGAUUGUGCACACAGCUCUUUAAAGAGGAAUGUGGGCUGUACCAGGACAAGGUGUACUGCUUUGUUCAUCUGAGCAUUCAGGAGUUUCUGGCUGCUGUAUAUGUGUUCCUCUCAUUCAUCAGCAACAAUGAUAAUCUAAUGGACAAACUGCAAACAAAGUCCAGCAUCUUUUCUUUGCUGUUCAGAGACAAUGCUGAAGUUACUUUCUACAAGAGUGCUGUGGAUAAAGCCUUACAAAGUGAGACGGGAAACUUGGACCUUUUCCUCCGCUUCCUUCUGGGCCUUUCACUGGAGUCCAAUCAGAAGCACUUACAAGGUCUACUGACAAAGACAAGAAGCAGCUCAAAGAGCCAUGAAGAAACAGUCAAGUACAUCAAGGAGAAGAUCAGGGAGAAUCCUUCUCCAGAGAGGUGCAUAAAUCUGUUCCACUGUCUGAAUGAACUGAAUGACCAUUCUCUAGUGGAGGAGAUCCAAAGCUACCUGAGCUCAGGAAGUCUCUCUAGAGCCAACCUGUCACCUGCACAGUGGUCAGCUCUGGUCUUUGUGUUGCUGACUUCAGAAAAGGAGCUGGAUGUGUUUGACCUGAAGAAAUACUCCAGAUCAGAGGAAGGUCUUCUGAGGCUGCUGCCAGUGGUCAAAGCCUCCAGAGCUGCUCUGUUGUCAGGCUGUCUAGUCACAGAGGAAGGCUGUGCUUCUCUGGUCUCAGCUCUGAAGUCAAACCCCUCACACCUGAGAGAGCUGGACCUGAGUAACAAUGACCUGAAGGAUUCAGGAGUGGAGCUGCUCUCUGCUGGACUGGAGGAUCCACACUGCAGACUGGAGAAACUCAAGCUGUCAGGCUGUGGAGUCACAGAGGAAGGCUGUGCUUCUCUGGUCUCAGCUCUGAGGUCAAACCCCUCACACCUGAGAGAGCUGGAUCUGAGUAACAAUGACCUGAAGGAUUCAGGAGUGAAGCUGCUCUCUGCUGGACUGGGGAAUCCCCACUGUAAACUGGAGACUCUGAGGCUUUCAGGCUGUCUAGUCACAGAGGAAGGCUGUGCUUCUCUGGUCUCAGCUCUGGAGUCAAACCCCUCACACCUGAGAGAGCUGGAUCUGAGUAACAAUGACCUGAAGGAUUCAGGAGUGAAGCUGGUCUCUGCUGUACUGGGGCAUCCCCACUGUAAACUGGAGACUCUGAGGCUGUCAGGCUGUCUAGUCACAGAGGAAGGCUGUGCUUCUCUGGUCUCAGCUCUGAGGUCAAACCCCUCACACCUGAGAGAGCUGGACCUGAGUAACAAUGACCUGAAGGAUUCAGGAGUGAAGCUGCUCUCUGCUGGACUGGGGAAUCCCCACUGUAAACUGGAGACUCUGAGGCUGUCAGGCUGUCUAGUCACAGAGCAAGGCUGUGCUUCUCUGGCCUCAGCUCUGAGGUCAAACCCCUCACACCUGAGAGAGCUGGACCUGAGCUACAAUCACCCAGGAGACUCAGGAGUCAGACUGCUCUCUGCUGGACUGGAGGAUCCACACUGCAGACUGGAGAAACUCAAUGUGGAACAUGGUGGAGAGAACAGAAUGAAACCUGGACUUAGAAAAUAUGUCUGUGAUCUCACACUGGACCUAAACACAGUAAACAGACUCCUCUCUCUGUCUGAGGAGAACAGAAAGGUGACAUGGAGGAGAGAGAAGCAGCCGUAUCCUGAUCACCCAGAGAGAUUUGAGGGCUGGCAGCAGGUGCUGUGUAGAGAGGGUCUGACUGGGCGCUGUUACUGGGAGGCAGAGUGGAGUGGUAUUGGGGGGGCUAAUAUAGGAGUGACAUAUAAAGGAAUCAGCAGGAGAGGAGAGAUUAAUGACUGUGGUCUUGGAUACAGUGACAAGUCCUGGAGUCUGUUCUGCUCUGACAACCGUUACACUGCCAGUCACAAGAAUAAUCACAUAGACGUCCCCUCCUCCAGCUGCCACAGAGUAGGAGUGUAUCUGGACUGGCCAGCCGGCACUCUGUCCUUCUAUAGAGCCUCCUCUGACACACUGACCCACAUGUUCACAUUCACCUCCACAUUCACUGAGCCCCUCUAUCCAGGGUUUAGGGUUGAUGAUGUUGACUCCUCAGUGUCCCUGUAAAUAAUAACCUGAUCCAGUGUGUGCUGUGUGUGUGUGUAACACACACUGGACUCACACAUACAGACUCACACUGUACACGUACACAUACACACACACACAUCACACACACACUGGACUCAAACACAUUGACACACACACACACACACACACACACACACACACACACACACACACACACUAGAAACACAACACAUACAUACUGACAAACACACACACACACUGGACUCACACACACACACACACACACACACACACACACACACUGACACACACACACACACACACUAGAAACACAACACAUACAUACUGACAAACAGACAGACACACUGGACUCACACACACACACACACACACACACACACACACACACACACACACACACACACAGACACACUAGAAACACAACACAUACAUACUGACAAACAGACAGACACACUGGACAAACACACACACACACACACACACACACACACACACACACACAUUGACACACACACACACACACACACACACACACACAUUGACACACACACACACACACACACACAUUGACACACACACACACACACAUUGACACACACAGUCUUGUACAGCUAACCUUGUGGGGACAUACAAUUCAGUCCCAUUCAAAAUCCUAUUUUCCCUAACCCUAACCUUAACCCUAACCCUAACCCUAACCCUAACCCAAAAACCUAAACUUUAUCCUAACCCUAAACCUAACCCUAGCUCCUAACCCUAACCCUACAACUAACCCUAGCUCCUAACCUUAAUAUUUAACUUAAUUCUAACCCUAACACUAAUUCUAACCUUAACCCUAAACCCCCUAGAAAUAGCAUUUGACCUUGUGGGGACUAACAAAAUGUCCCCAGUUGGUCAAUUUUUACUUUGUUUACUAUUCUUGUAGGGACUUCUGGUCCCCACAAGAAUAGUUAAACACAUCCACACACACACACACUGGACACACAUGCACACACUGGACACACAUGCACACACUGGACACACACACACACACUGGACACACACACACACUGGACACACACACACACACCGUUUUGUUUUUGUAACUAAUUUAGGACUCCUCACAUUUACAUACCCUUUUAGUACCCUGCUUUCCAGACAUCAUAGAAGCACAGAAAUUACACUCAUGAGCUAGAAAAAAAAUGUAAUAUGAGGAAAUCACUUAAAGUUGCUGACCUCUUGAAAAAGUACAUUUGUAAUUGUACCACCUACUUGAGACCGCACAUUGCAAAUCAAAUCAAAUGUUAUUGAUCACAUACACAUGGUUAGCAGACGUUAAUGCGAGUGUAGCGAAAUUCUUGUGCUUCUAGUUCCAACAAUGCAGUAAUAACCAACGAGUAAUCUAACCUAACAAUUGUACAUAUAAAUAUAUGAAUGAGCGAUGGCCGAACGGCAUAGGCAAGAUGCAGUAGAUGGUAUAGAGUACAGUAUAUACAUAUGAGAUGGGUAAUGUAGGGUAUGUAAACAUUAUAUAAAGUGGCAUUGUUUAAAGUGACACAUUUAUUACAUUGAAUUAUUAAUUACUAGAGAUUGAGUCUGUAUGUUGUCAGCAGCCAUCAGCCAUCGAGAAAAUGCCUCCUAUGAAAUCUAUAAAAGCUAUCCAACUGCCUGUGUUGUACCUAAUGGAAGCGUAAAAUAAUUAACAAGUUUAAUUUCUCGAUAUUUGACGCAUUCAUUCUAUUUUAUGACUGAACAUAUUGCAUGUAGAUGCCACAAUGAUGCAACACGGAUGGCAACUCAACGGCUGUAGUGUAGUUCUGUAGUGUAGUUCUGUAGUGUAGUUCUACUGUAGUGUAGUUCUACUGUAGUGUAGUUCUAUUGUGUAGUUCUUCUGUAGUAUAGUUCUACUGUAGUGUAGUUCUAUUGUGUAGUUCUUCUGUAGUGUAGUUCUACUGUAGUGUAGUUCUACUGUAGUGUAGUUCUACUGUAGUGUAGUUCUUCUGUAGUCUAGUUCUACUGUAGUAUAGUUCUACUGUAGUGUAGUUCUACUGUAGUGUAGUUCUACUGUAGUGUAGUUCUUCUGUAGUGUAGUUCUUCUGUAGUGUAGUUAUUCUAUAGUGUAGUUCUGUAGUGUAGUUCUACUGUAGUGUAGUUCUGUAGUGUAGUUCUACUGUAGUGUAGUUCUACUGUAGUGUAGUUCUACUGUAGUGUAGGUCUACUGUAGUGUAGUUCUUCUGUAGUGUGGUUCUACUGUAGUGUGGUUCUACUGUAGUGUAGUUCUGUAGUGUAGUUCUACUGUAGUGUAGUUCUACUGUAGUGUAGUUCUACUGUAGUGUAGUUCUUCUGUAGUGUAGUUCUAUUGUGUAGUUCUUCUGUAGUGUAGUUCUGUAGUGUGGUUCUACUGUAGUGUAGUUCUGUAGUGUAGUUCUACUGUAGUGUAGUUCUUCUGUAGUGUGGUUCUACUGUAGUGUAGUUCUGUAGUGUGGUUCUACUGUAGUGUAGUUCUACUGUAGUGUAGUUCUACUGUAGUGUAGUUCUACUGUAGUGUGGUUCUACUGUAGUGUAGUUCUACUGUAGUGUAGUUCUACUGUAGUGUAGUUCUAUUGUGUAGUUCUAUUGUGUAGUUCUUCUGUAGUGUAGUUCUGUAGUGUGGUUCUACUGUAGUGUAGUUCUGUAGUGUAGUUCUACUGUAGUGUAGUUCUUCUGUAGUGUGGUUCUACUGUAGUGUAGUUCUACUGUAGUGUGGUUCUACUGUAGUGUAGUUCUACUGUAGUGUAGUUCUACUGUAGUGUAGUUCUGUAGUGUAGUUCUACUGUAGUGUAGUUCUACUGUAGUGUAGUUCUACUGUAGUGUAGUUCUACUGUAGUGUAGUUCUGUAGUGUAGUUCUACUGUAGUGUAAUUCUACUGUAGUGUAGUUCUACUGUAGUGUAGUUCUUCUGUAGUGUGGUUCUACUGUAGUGUAGUUCUGUAGUGUAGUUCUACUGUAGUGUAGUUCUACUGUAGUGUGGUUCUACUGUAGUGUGGUUCUACUGUAGUGUGGUUCUACUGUAGUGUAGUUCUGUAGUGUAGUUCUACUGUAGUGUAGUUCUACUGUAGUGUAGUUCUAUUGUGUAGUUCUAUUGUGUAGUUCUUCUGUAGUGUAGUUCUGUAGUGUGGUUCUACUGUAGUGUAGUUCUGUAGUGUAGUUCUACUGUAGUGUAGUUCUGUAGUUUAGUUCUACUGUCGUCUAGUUCUUCUGUAGUGUAAUUCUACUGUAGUGUAGUUCUGUAGUGUAGUUCUGUAGUGUAGUUCUACUGUAGUGUAGUUCUUCUGUAGUGUAAUUCUACUGUAGUGUAGUUCUGUAGUGUAGUUCUGUAGUGUAGUUCUGUAGUGUAGUUCUUCUGUAGUGUAGUUCUACUGUAGUGUAGUUCUACUGUAGUGUAGUUCUACUGUCGUGUAGUUCUACUGUAGUGUAGUUCUACUGUAGUGUAGUUCUUCUGUAGUGUAGUUCUACUGUAGUGUAGUUCUACUGUAGUGUAGUUCUACUGUAGUGUAGUUCUACUGUAGUGUAGUUCUUCUGUAGUGUAAUUCUACUGUAGUGUAAUUCUACUGUAGUGUAGUUCUGUAGUUUAGUUCUACUGUCGUCUAGUUCUUCUGUAGUGUAAUUCUACUGUAGUGUAGUUCUGUAGUGUAGUUCUUCUGUAGUGUAAUUCUACUGUAGUGUAGUUCUGUAGUGUAGUUCUGUAGUGUAGUUCUGUAGUGUAGUUCUGUAGUGUAAUUCUACUGUAGUCUAGUUCUACUGUAGUCUAGUUCUACUGUAGUCUAGUUCUACUGUAGUCUAGUUCUACUGUCGUGUAGUUCUACUGUAGUGUAGUUCUACUGUAGUGUAGUUCUACUGUAGUGUAGUUCUACUGUAGUGUAGUUCUACUGUCGUGUAGUUCUACUGUCGUGUAGUUCUACUGUAGUGUAGUUCUACUGUAGUGUAGUUCUACUGUAGUUCUACUGUAGUGUAGUUCUACUGUCGUGUAGUUCUGUAGUGUAGUUCUACCGUAGUGUAGUUCUCCUGUAGUUCUACUGUAGUGUAGUUCUACUGUAGUUCUACUGUAGUGUAGUUCUACUGUCGUGUAGUUCUGUAGUGUAGUUCUACUGUAGUGUAGUUAUUCUGUAGUGUAGUUAUUCUGUAGUGUAGUUCUACUGUAGUGUAGUUCUACUGUAGUGUAGUUCUACUGUAGUGUAGUUCUACUGUAGUGUAGUUCUACUGUAGUGUAGUUCUACUGUAGUGUAGUUCUACUGUAGUGUAGUUCUGUAGUGUAGUUCUGUAGUGUAGUUCUGUAGUGUAGUUCUGUAGUGUAGUUCUGUAGUGUAGUUGUUCUGUAGUGUAGUUCUACUGUAGUGUAGUUCUACUGUAGUGUAGUUCUACUGUAGUGUAGUUCUACUGUAGUGUAGUUCUACUGUAGUGUAGUUCUACUGUAGUGUAGUUCUACUGUAGUGUAGUUCUACUGUAGUGUAGUUCUGUAGUGUAGUUCUACUGUAGUGUAGUUCUACUGUAGUGUAGUUCUGUAGUCUAGUUCUACUGUAGUGUAGUUCUACUGUAGUGUAGUUCUGUAGUCUAGUUCUACUGUAGUGUAGUUAUUCUGUAGUGUAGUUCUGUAGUGUAGUUCUACUGUAGUGUAGUUCUGUAGUGUAGUUCUACUGUAGUGUAGUUCUACUGUAGUGUAGUUAUUCUGUCGUGUAGUUCUACUGUAGUGUAGUUCUACUGUCGUGUAGUUCUACUGUCGUGUAGUUCUGUAGUGUAGUUAUUCUGUAGUGUAGUUAUUCUGUAGUGUAGUUAUUCUGUAGUGUAGUUAUUCUGUAGUGUAGUUCUACUGUAGUGUAGUUAUUCUGUAGUGUAGUUAUUCUGUAGUGUAGUUCUACUGUAGUGUAGUUCUACUGUAGUGUAGUUCUACUGUAGUGUAGUUAUUCUGUAGUGUAGUUCUACUGUAGUGUAGUUCUACUGUAGUGUAGUUCUACUGUAGUGUAGUUAUUCUGUCGUGUAGUUCUACUGUAGUGUAGUUAUUCUGUCGUGUAGUUCUACUGUAGUGUAGUUCUACUGUAGUGUAGUUCUGUAGUGUAGUUAUUCUGUAGUGUAGUUAUUCUGUCGUGUAGUUAUUCUGUCGUGUAGUUCUACUGUAGUGUAGUUCUAUUGUGUAGUUCUACUGUAGUGUAGUUCUACUGUAGUGUAGUUAUUCUGUAGUGUAGUUAUUCUGUAGUGUAGUUAUUCUGUAGUGUAGUUAUUCUGUAGUGUAGUUAUUCUGUAGUGUAGUUCUACUGUAGUGUAGUUCUGUAGUGUAGUUCUACUGUAGUGUAGUUCUGUAGUGUAGUUCUGUAGUGUAGUUGUAGUGUAGUUCUACUGUAGUGUAGUUCUGUAGUGUAGUUCUACUGUAGUGUAGUUCUGUAGUGUAGUUCUACUGUAGUGUAGUUCUUCUGUAGUGUAGUUCUUCUGUAGUGUAGUUCUUCUGUAGUGUAGUUCUGUAGUGUGGUUCUACUGUAGUGUAGUUCUGUAGUGUAGUUCUACUGUAGUGUAGUUAUUCUGUAGUGUAGUUCUACUGUAGUGUAGUUCUAUUGUGUAGUUAUUCUGUAGUGUAGUUCUUCUGUAGUGUAGUUAUUCUGUAGUGUAGUUCUGUAGUGUAGUUCUGUAGUGUAGUUCUACUGUAGUGUAGUUCUACUGUAGUGUAGUUAUUCUGUAGUGUAGUUCUACUGUAGUGUAGUUCUAUUGUGUAGUUAUUCUAUAGUGUAGUUCUGUAGUGUGGUUCUACUGUCGUGUAGUUCUACUGUAGUGUAGUUCUGUAGUGUAGUUCUACUGUAGUGUAGUUCUGUAGUGUAGUUCUACUGUAGUGUAGUUCUACUGUAGUGUAGUUCUACUGUAGUGUAGUUCUACUGUAGUGUAGUUCUGUAGUGUAGUUCUGUAGUGUAGUUCUGUAGUGUAGUUAUUCUGUAGUGUAGUUCUACUGUAGUGUAGUUCUACUGUAGUGUAGUUAUACUGUAGUGUAGUUCUGUAGUGUAGUUCUUCUGUAGUGAAGUUCUACUGUAGUGUAGUUCUGUAGUGUAGUUAUUCUGUAGUGUAGUUCUGUAGUGUAGUUCUACUGUAGUGUAGUUCUACUGUAGUGUAGUUAUUCUGUAGUGUAGUUCUACUGUCGUGUAGUUCUGUAGUGUAGUUCUUCUGUAAAGUAUUUAAACUGGAAAAACCAUUUCACUAAUGGAUUCAAUAUAUCCAAGUAACAGAUUAAUAGUUUAGAAGAAUGUUUUUUAUGUUUCUGUAACAUUCAAAGUCAGCAUGCUUUGUAUUCUGAAGACCUUAGUCACUCCAAAAGUGUGUCUAUAGACCUGUACUAUUCUGUUGUGUUUAUAGACCUGUACUAUUCUGCUGUGUUUAUAGACCUGUACUAUUCUGUUGUGUUUAUAGACCUGUACUAUUCUGCUGUGUCUAUAGACCUGUACUAUUCUGCUGUGUUUAUAGACCUGUACUAUUCUGCUGUGUUUAUAGACCUGUACUAUUCUGCUGUGUUUAUAGACCUGUACUAUUCUGUUGUGUUUAUAGACCUGUACUAUUCUGCUGUGUUUAUAGACCUGUACUAUUCUGCUGUGUUUAUAGACCUGUACUAUUCUGUUGUCUACAUAGACCUGUACUAUUCUGUUGUCUACAUAGACCUGUCCUGCUCUCCGGUCCCUGUUUACUAGUUCUUGGGGAGAAGCAGCAAUGCAUUUCUCACAGUCUUGUUUUCCAGGCGUUUUUCCCAGUCGGAUAAAAUUCAUCAAGGAAUCUUCAACUGCAUCCACCUCUAUUGUCGACCAAAACCUUUUUGUUCCUUUGGCAAUUUUGUAAAGAGAUGACAUUAUGAAUGACAUUAAAUAAAGGUUGACUACAACACAGUA